CGCAUUUCUAAAUCAUGAUAUCAAGCAUCGAGAUUCAUAGAAUUAACAUUCUGUUUGAAGACCGUUACACAUCACGACUUCAUGCGAUAGAAACUUUGAACCAACCAAGUGCGCUGGUAGUUUGCUCCUCCCAAAUGCUAAAGCAAUCAGCGAAAGGAAGAUUAUCACGUCAGCCCACAUAGCCGAGCAUCAUGACAGUCCGCUCAGAGAGCGACAUUGAGCUCGGAGGUUCAACCGAGCAAAAAUCGCCACGAACCUUCAGACUCAACAUCCUCUUCGCUUGCAAAUCAUGGGUAUCAUCUCUCUUCGCGAAAACCGAGAGAUACGAAGUACGACAAACACAAAUUGAAGAUUACCGCGAAGGCUACCCAAGAUACUCCGCACUCAUCGGCGCGGAAAAAUCCUUCCACAUCUGCCGGCGAUUUUCCAACUUACGAGCACGCUUGCUUCUCCUGCAACAAGAUAAAAUAUGCUUGCUCGAGAAACAUCUCGAGCAGAUUGAUCGUGACGAGAAAGCUCCUCUAUUCUUGGGGAGUAGUCGAUCGGAUGUCAAUGUCGAGAGGGGUGCUGUUAUUGAAGGCAUUCAAGUUGCGCUUGAGCGCUAUGACAAUAUGGUAGAGAGCAACAACAAGAUGCUGAGUUACGAAAUAGCAAAGCCACGAGAUGUGUUGAGUCUGCAAAACUGGGUCAGCAGUACGGCUUGCUUGGCAAGGGACGAGACUGCGUACUUGACGCAGUGCGAAGAUCUGAUCUCUGUUGCCUCACCGAGGGACGGAAUGGCAGAGCAACUCGAGUCUUGGAUUGAGGACAUUAUUGUUCGUUUCGGAAGGAUCUCUUGUAAGCUCCUUUCUCGAGACGUGUCCAGAGAUUCCUACGUAUAUAUCUUUUCGAGGUCUAAACUGGCACGAAUAAGUCGAGGAAUAAUAGCUUGUCUCGUCAUAGCCUUCCUACUGGCUCCAGUGGUGGUAUGCAAUGCACUUAGCGGGCUGAAUUCUCGGUUGAUAGUUAUCGCAAUUGCGACGUUCCUCUUUGUGGUGUUACUCUCGGCAAUGAUCAAAGCAAAAGCGGUAGAAAUGUUUGUCGCAGGAACGACGUACGCGACGGUUUUGGUUGUGUUUGUAUCCGGCUCAAGUGUAAUCACUACAUAAUAAGUAAUAAGGGAAGUACAUAAGGAUAAUAAUGGAUGAUGGAGCAUAACCAGUAUUAUAUUCA